ACCUGUAUGUUUUGAAAAUACAAGCAUCUGUUUCCAUGUUUUAUUUGCUGUAAGUAUUUGUGGUAGUUCCUUCUGUUUCUUCCAAGAUUUUGAGAGAAAAGAAGGUGGGUGAUGGUUAGGGAAAUGACAACUACACCAACUUCAAUGAAUGGGGGAGAUGGAGAGAAUAGCUAUACCCGCAAUUCCGCUUCACAGGGAGUGGCCUUUGAGCUUGUGAAGUCAUUGAUCAGUGAAGGAAUUGCUACAAAGCUUGAUCUGGUUCGACUCAUAUCGCCUUCGUCCCCAAAAAUAUUAAGGAUUGCUGAUUUGGGAUGUUCUGUUGGGCCCAACACAUUCACAUCAGUGCAAGAAAUAACAAAUUAUCUGAAACUAAAAUGCCGACAACGAGAUCAUGAUGUUGAAUUCCAAGUGUUUUUCAAUGACCAAUUCUCGAACGAUUUCAACACUCUCUUUAAGAAUCUUCCAUCUGAUAGGCAGUAUUUUGCAGCUGGUGUGCCGGGGUCUUUUCAUGAUCGUUUGUUCCCUGAGAAUUUUCUCCAUUUCAUGCACUGCUCAUAUUCACUGCAUUGGCUCUCAAGUGCACCUAAAGAGUUGGUAGAUCAAGACUCCCCUGCAUAUAAUAAAGGGAGGAUCUAUUAUGCAGCUGCCCCCACAGCAGUUGUUCAGGCCUACUCAAAUCAAUUUGCAAAGGACAUUACUUCUUUUCUGAAUGCAAGAUCACAUGAGGUUGUCCCUGGAGGGCUUAUGACACUUGUGAUACCAGGUGUUCCAGAUGGUGUCCCUCAUUCACAGUGCGGUUUUGUUGCAACUCAUGCUUUAAUUGAAGCCUGUCUCAUAGACAUCCACCAUCAGGGAUUAAUCAGUGAAGCUAAGAUUGACUCCUUCAAUAUGCCCAUAUACAUCCCAGCUGCACCAGAGAUUAAGGCUUUGAUAGAGAAAAAUGGUUGUUUCAGCAUCGAAAAGAUGGAAUCAAUAAUCUAUGGUGAGGAAGUAGUAAAAUUAUUAUAUAUAGAUGAACAAAUGGUAAGUUCACAACUAAGAGCUGUUUGGGAGGGAAUUAUCAGUGAGCACUUUGGAAACGAUAUUGUUGACGAACUUUUUGAUCAGUUUGCCAAGAGAUUUGCAGAGGCUUUCAUGGGUUCCAAGCCAAGAAACAAUGGGCGAACGGUUCUGAUAUUUGCGCUUCUCAAGCGCAACCUCUGA